CCUUCAACUUUGUAUUCAUUUAUUCUUUAUUUCAGACACAAAUAUUAUUCGAUCCAUAUUUAUUUUCUUAAAAACAUGUGUCUGAGGUUGGAUUUAUUGCUCCUGAUAUUUUUUCCUGUAUUUUCCCAGAGUCUUUCAGAAGAUACAGAAGUGUCCUGUGUUCUUCUGGAGAGCUGUGUUCUGCCCUGCAGCUUUGACCCUGGACCAGACCCUGUGAUCCACUGGACCAAAGACCCUGAUGACAAAAAUACUCCAGUUCAUAUUUAUUAUCAUGGUCAGAUGCAGCACCAGCACCAGAUCUUUAAAGGCCGGACCUCUCUGUUUGAGGAGGAGCUGUCCACAGGAAACGCAUCACUGCUGCUCUCAGGGGUCAAAGUUCAAGAUGAAGGAAGAUACAAGUGUUUCUCCAACACAGUGACCACAGACAACAAGGAGAUUUAUGUGACUCUGAGAGUGGAAGCUCCAGUCUUGCAGGUGUCUCUGCAGCAGCAGGGGCAGCAGCUCGUCUGUAGAUCUGAGGGAGUCUACCCCAAACCCUCAGUGUCCUGGAGCCCUCCCUCCUCUGCAGCUGUUACCACGGUUACCUCCUCCGAGAGCGGAGUGUGGUCUGUGCACAGCUCUGUGUCUCUGCCUCACAGCCCUCCACAUCAAUACAGCUGUAAUGUCAGCAACAGCAGGAGCAGCUGGAGGAGCGCCACCUACAGGAGGAACAUCAACAUCAGUGUUUCUGAAGUGAUUAUGGUCCAUUGCACUAAACCCACUGCUCCAGUGAAGAGUCUCAUUUGGAGGUUCAAACAGACUCAGAUCAUUCUGAGCCGGUCUGGACCAGAGCCGGUCUACACUGAGUCCUGGACACAGUUUGUUGAUGGAGUCACAGAGUCCAACAGUCUGGUCCUGAAGAGUCUGACCAAAGACCAGCUGGGCCUGUUCUCCUGUGAGCUCUCCACUGAACAGGAGCAGUUUAUUAUCCACACUGAAGUUACUGACACAGACGAGUUAAUCCACAAUGAAAAAGAGGCAGAAGGAGAACACUCAGGUUGGCUGAUACUUAUAGCUGCUGUAUAUGGAGUCCUGUUAGUUCUGAUGUUCACCUUUGUCCUCUACCAUCAACAUCGCCAAAGAGAACCAGCCUCCAAAAGAAAAAAAAGAAAUUUGCUGAAGACUGAGCAGCAGCAUCACCAGGAUGUGCCACAGGAGGAGAUGGAGAUGAAGGAGGAGGAGGAGAAGGAGCCAUUAAACUGA